CUAGACAGGGAGCACAAAAUAUCACCUGCUCACAAUGUUUGAAAUCACUGGAUUACUGUAUUAUUACGUUUCGAUAACUCAAAAGAGUCUUAAUGGUCAACCUCUCUUCGAAUGAACUUCAUCAACUCCCUAUAAUUCUAGAUGAUUCUUCAACUUGCAGUCUUUUUAUCCACUGUACCCAAAAGGGCCAUUUUUGUUACCCUCCGAUAGGCUGAUUGAGCGGACAUUUUAGAUCUUUUAAAGGUGUCAUGAAAGUGUGCUGAUAUUUUUGAAAAGUACAUCUUUUUUUCUUUUUCUUUAUAAUAAUAAUGGCACGUCAAAUCGCUUUUGCUAUUGAUCCUUUAUCGGAAGAAUCUAAAAAGACAAUUCAGUGGUCAAAGGAUAAUUUUUUAAGACCGGACGACGAAAUUCAUGCCAUCAUGGUGCUUGUCAUGGAUGCUGAGUUUAUUGAUCAAGAAGAUCCAAUAGAGUUACCAUCUUCAGAUACAUUUAAAGAGAUAGAGCAAGAGGUAACAGCAGAAAAGGUGAACGCUAUGAAUAAAAUAGUCCAAGACUUGCAAGCAUCAGGAUACCGUGUCAUUACCCAUAUAUUUAAGACAGAUUCUACUCGUGCACGAACAGUCUUGACUGAUUACUUGAAUACAAUAAAAGUUGACUGCUUAAUUCUGGGAAGUAGAAAUCUAUCUGGUUGGACGAGAUUCUUUUCUGGGAGCUUUAGCAACUAUGUACAGACACACGUUAACUGUCCAGUCUUGAUUGUCAGAUAAGAAGGGAUUAUUUUUGCUUUAAAAAGAGUAUCUUUAAAAAGAACUUGGAAAUAGUGUCUUUCAACCUCUUUUUUUGUUUUGGAACGGGUGUAUCGUAAAGUGUGAUUCCUUGAAUGUUCAUUUUACAGCUUUUAUUCCUCUGAUAAGGUCGUUCGUUUCUGACUAGGAGGAAUACUGUAUUUUUAUUAAUUAUUGACGUUAAUUUUAUAAAAUACACCAAGGCGCAUUCUGGGGA